AUGAGUGAAGAAGAACUUAAAAUGAAAGCUUUAAAAGAGCUGCAAAUAGCCAAGGAUCCUGUGGAACGGCUGAGGCUGCAAUGCUUAGUACGUGGGAAUGCUGGAAUAAAAUCUUUGGGACGAUCAUUCCGAAUUAUGGAUGAUAAUGGCAGUCGUACGCUUGAUCUUGAUGAAUUCCGGAAAGGUUUGCAUGACUUUGGUGUAAAUUCAACUGAUGAGGAAAUUAAGGAGAUAUUCAAGAAAUUUGAUAAAGACAGCUCUGGUUCCAUCGAUUUCGAUGAAUUUCUCUUGACGAUUAGGCCACCGAUGUCGAAAGCCCGUUUAGCGCUUAUCGAUGCAGCGUUCAAAAAAUUGGAUAAAACUGGCGAUGGUAUAAUUACAGUGAACGACAUGAAAGGGGUUUACCAUGCUGAACGACAUCCAAAAUACAUAUCUGGUGAGAAGACUCGUGAAGAUAUCUUCAAUCAGUUUCUCAGCAAUUUUGAAAUGACAGGUCAUAUUGAUGAAAAGGUAACGAAAGAAGAAUUUUUGAAUUAUUACUGUGGUGUGUCAGCUUCUAUUGAUAAUGAUGCCUAUUUUGAUUUAAUGAUGCGAAAUGCUUGGAAACUUUGA